GUUUAACGCUUUCAUUUCAUUAUUCUUUAUUUAACAUCUCUCUCUCUCUCAAAUUCGAUUUGGGGUAUUUUUCUGAAUUAUGUCUUCGACUUCUGUAUCAGCCAGCAAUAUUAACAAACAAGAAAAUGGUGAGAAAAAAUUCAUACCCAGUAACGAGUUCGUUCUGCAGAAACAUGCUGCAUUUUUCGACCGGAAUCAUGACGGCGUCGUUUAUCCUUGGGAGACUUUCAAAGGAUUUCGUGCAAUUGGGAGUGGCAUCCCAUUGUCUAGCUUAGCUGCACUCUUCAUCAAUAUUGGUCUCAGUGGCAAAACUCGACCUGAGAAAUGUCCCAACCUACUUUUCCCCAUUGAGAUUCGAAACAUACACCGGGGAAAACAUGGGAGUGACACUGGUGCCUACGACAGCGAAGGAAGGUUUGUUCCAUCAAAGUUUGAAGAGAUAUUUAUCAAGCAUGCACACACAAAUCCUGACGCAUUAACAAAAAAAGAACUAAGGGAGCUCUUAACGGACAAUAGACAACCCAAGGACAUUGGUGGAUGGAUCGGUGCCUUGGCCGAGUGGCUUGUACUAUUCAAUAUCGCCAAGGACAAGAAUGGGUUGCUUCAAAAGGACACAGUCAGAGCUGUUUAUGAUGGAAGUUUGUUUGAACAAUUGGAAAAAGAACACUCAGCAUCCAAAAAGAAAGAUUCUUCUGCCGUUUAAAGAGAAAGCCAUAGUGGUGGGAUGCAUACGGUAUGGUACAUGUCGUUGGUCCUACUCCGUUAUUGGCGUUUAAUAUUAAUGUAUUUAAUUUAUGAAUGUAUGUAAUUUUUCAUAUUUGUAUGAAGCACCAACUGUUAGUUAAUGUCUGUUAUAUAGAUUAUGUCCUGUAUUAGUGAGUAGUUAUUGGAAUAUCAUUCAUCGAUUUUUGCAAGUAUUAACAACAACCAAAGCUAGUCCCGUUUUUUUUCCUUGAAG